CUUUUUUUGUAUUUUACCUCAGUAUUUCAUCUGUUGCCCUUAAAGUCCCAUCAGUGUCCCCUAUCAGUGCCAGUCAGUGCCGCCUAUCAGUGCCAGUCAGUGCCGCCUAUCAGUGCUAUAUAUCAGUGCCAUAUAUCAGUGUCAUGUAUCAGUGCUGCCUUUCAGUGCCCAUCAGUGAUGCCUGUCGAUGCCCAUCAGUGCCACCUAUCAGUGCCUCCUCAUCAGUGCCCAUCAGUGCCACCUAUCAGUGUCCAUCAGUGCAGCCUAUCAGUGCCCAUCACUGCAGCCUCAUUAGCGCACAUCGUUGAAGGAGAAAAAUCACUAAUUUACAAAAAUUGUAUA